GAACAUCAAAAAUUUAACAUACUAAGAAUUAUAAGUUAAAUUUUAAUUUACAUAAGGUUUCAUAUAACCCAGGAAAGAAGUUCUAUAAAAGAUUUCUGAAACUAAAAUACUCUGAAUAGCAAAAGAUUGCAAUGUUAAAAGUGAUAAAUAAUUAAAAAAGUUUAUUGCUAAAGUAAAAAAAGUAUAUCUUCAAAAAUGGAUAACAUAGCCUACACAAAUCCACUAGAAACAGUACAGUUUAUAUCCAUCUGUAGCUACUUAUACGCACUCAGUGAUUUCUUAUUUAUUGCAAAAUAUCUGCCAGAAGUUGAUCAAAACAAACAAAUACCAGUUGUUAAUGCACUUUAUGAUUAUUUAGAAGACUAUCAUGAUAAUCAAGCAAUGAAACUUAAACUAAUUAGAUAUUUGUUAAAAGGUAGCGACUUAUAUGGAGAAGAAGAAAGUGAAAAUGUUGACAUAAUUUUUGUGAAUACCAUGUUUGACUACAUUAUUAAAUCUCUCGUGUUUAAUAAAUAUGGAAAUAUUUAUGGCUUCUUGGCUGAGGUUGUUCGCAAAACUCAAAACUUACAAUUAGAUAUUUUGUUUAAGGAAAUGUUGUCUAAUUUACAAAAUGCAAGAUUUGAAAAUGAGUAUGGCGAAGCGUCGAGACUUACUCCAUUAGCAGCAAACAGGAUAUUUACAGAUAUAAUAUUACCAUUGUUUCCACAAUCUAAGAGAAAUAUUAAUAUUUUAUCACUUGAUUACAUUUUAGCACAAGCGGGAUUAUUGUACCUUAAACCUGGAAAAAUUAAUACUGCAUAUUAUACAGAUUUUGAAAAUAUUAAUUCAACCGUCUUGGAUCAAGAAAAUUUAUUUGACGAAUACUUAAUAAUAGGAUUAAUAAUAAGAAAAAAUCAAAUAAAUAACAACAGAAGUUUAUCAAAUUUACGGGCAUUUGCUUUACCAGCUCUUUUAGUCUAUUUUUCGACAACGGUUGUACAAAACGAAAAUAUAACAAAUAUAAUUUUUAAUCCACAUUACUGGGAAGCAGCUUAUGAACAUUUAUUUUCUUACAUUGAUGCGUUUUAUGAUGAAAUAGUAGGUAAAUUGGUAAACGAUACUAACUACCAAUUGCACACGGUUCUUUUAAAAUUUUACAAACUUUUAGCAAACGUAAACAACCUUUUAAACAUAUAUUGCAAUCAUUUAACCUCAGCAGGGCCAAUUCAACUAACAACUUCUUCGCUUUUACAUGAAUGUCUAAAAGAAUUUAUUUUACAAAGCAUGUCUGAAUCGUUAACGAAUUAUAUAAAUGAAGUUGGUGAAAUAUUUCAAAAGCAUGAUUUAAAGUCAAUUCAGCAAUCAUUUGGAGAACCUUUAUUAAAAUCAUUAAAAUCUGCUAAUGUAGUUAUAGAUUUACUAGCUCCAACUGAUAAUGUUGUGCUUGGCAUUUUUGAUAAUGCUACACGAUUACCAUAUGAUUUGUUUAACUUUUACUAUCCUGAAAAUGAAACCACAGAAUAUUAUGCAUUAAUGCGCGAUAAUUAUACAACAAACUUAAUUAAAAUAGCUGAUAAAGGAGAAAAUUUAAAAGAAAACAUUGGUAUUGAUCUUCAAACGUUAUUGAAUCAUCGAUUUCAUCGUGUACAUUUAAAAUUAUCUAAUCAGCCUUUAGAUGUAUUUUGGCAAGAAUUUAUAGGGUAUAAAAAAUUAAGACUUAAAUCAUAUUUAUCAUUUACUGAUAGUGAUCAAAGAAAAGGUGAUUGGUGGAAGGAAUUUGGUUUAACAUUGGUGCCGUUUUAUCAGUCAAACAUAGAAAAUGCUGCGGAUAAUUCUCACAUUCAAUAUGUAGGAGGAUUUGAUGAUAUAAAGUAUUUUAAUGAAUUACCUAAUAAUACAUCUUUAUUAAUAUUUCAAGAAAAAACGCGAACAUUACUCUCCUCAAUUGGUACAACUAUUAAAUCAAUUUAUUUGAAAAAUAUAACUGACGAAUUAAGUGAUUACACAAUCAAAUUAAAUACAAAAAAACCAAUACAACUACAAAAUAAUACAAAUAACAUGGAACAUUUUGAAAAAUUGGCAUUGCAUUUAGAGGAACCUGGAUUUGAAAUUGAAUCAAUAACUAAUGAUAAUCUAAUGUUUCUAAAUUUAAUAAUUUCCAAAUUACAAAACAAAAAGCUUUAUCCCUUUAUUAGUGUUAAGAAUUACCUACAUAAUAUGCAAAUUUUUAAAUCUAAUUCUUCGAGACAAAUAAAUAUUUUGGGUAAUAGGGUAAAACGAAUUAUGUACAUAAAAAGUAAAAACUCUAUUACUAACACUGGUUAUGGUUAUAAGUUUAUUUAUUUAGCACCAUAUAAAACUGCAUAUUUAAGAACAGAUUUUGAAACAAAUAAGAAAAUGUUUUUGUCUUUAAAUCAUACUGAACCUAAUGGAGAAAAAAUGUAUUCAAUAAUACAGAUUGAUAAUUAUGAACAUGAACAAUCCUACAUUUUUGAAAUUAAUAAUCAACUACGAAAGACUAUAAGUGCAGCUAAGUUUUUAGGAAUAUAUAUGUAUUUUUACGAGGACGAAAAAUGUUACGUAGACUUUAAGGAGAAAUUUGAAUUAGCAAAGAUUUUGCAAUGUUCACUGUUUGAAGGUUUGAAGGAAACAAAACGACAUAUAACUGAACGUGUACAAGUUGCUUUGACAAUAAAUCAAAAUAUACCAAAACAAUUGAUAAUGGAAACAAUGAAAUUGUAUGAAUUUCCAAAUGAAGGUCGUAUAGAUUUAAAGUUCGUGGAAGAAUGGGUAAAAAAUAAAAACUUAACUUUACCAGAAUGGAGUAAACACUAUAGAAUUGAAAAUCAUGCUCUGUUUUUCAAAUUAAAACAUAACGUUAAUCUUGAUGUUAUUACUUUAACAAACUUUGACGGAACGUUCAAAAUUGAUUCCAUUUAUCCCUUUAGAGAUAGACAAAAAAUCGAAAGUGGAACAUCAAUAGAGAAAAUAAUUGAAAAUUUUAAUGUGGAAGAUGCACGUUUUGCAGUUUCAUUUGAAGAUUACUAUGCAAUUCGAAAUUUUGUCACAACCGGUUAUAUGAGAAUAACGGAUAGUACACAUGAGGCAAGUUUUAUGAAAAUCGCUUUGUACAAAUUAGCAAUAAGACAAUCAGACGAUCCAGAUAGUGAAUUUGAAAAAAUUUUGUGGAGAACUGAAUCCAUGCCUAUUGAUAUUAUCAACAGAACAUUCACAUUAGGAAAAAUACAUACUUUAAAAAAAUUUUUGACAACAUACACUACUAACGUGUCAGCUAUUAAUUUUGCUACUGUUGCAAAGCCUGGUUAUAAAAACAUUUUAUAUGAAAUUAAAUUUACUCAACCUUACUUUAGAGCAAAAGUAAAACAAUUUCAUUAUUUUAAUGAAAUAACACCAAUUCUUUUACCUGAAACUGAAUUUUCCAUUGUAAGCGUUAGGGAAACGCAUUUUACCAAAAUUGGUGACAGUUUAGUGGUGGAAUUAAUGUAUAAUAAUACGAGUAAAAAGAAAUAUGAAUGGAAUUUGAGUAUUAUGAAAGAAAUUACACGAAUCUUAUCUAAACUAUAAAAUAUUUUUAUAAUUGUCAACUUAGAGAAAAUAAAAUCUUUCAGAAACUUGUAACAAUGAUUAUAAUUAAUAAUUUCAAAUUAAUAAAAUUGUUUUGUGCAUUGAGAUACGUCAUUGGUAUAAUUAACAAUUAAAUUAAUUUUAAGUUAUAAUUACUAAAACAGGAUAAUUUAAAAGAAUUUUUAUAGUCCUUUUUUUACCACAUGCUAUAAUAAAUAUAAUUAUAACUUAAGGUAGUAGUACGGUGUGACGCUCGAAAAUCAAUGCUGUUUUACGAAUUUUUCUACAAUAAUUAAUGUUAAUUUGUUAAUAAUUUUAAACGUCGAAGUCGACUUCUCAAAGAAGACAGAAAUUUUUCGGUACACUCCAGGACCUUUCGCAAUCACCCAAAAUGAAAAAACUAAAGAUAUUAUUGUUCUACAGACAUAAAUCUAAGUCUGAUACCAAUAAAAUUCACAUUUUUAAACAAAAAAAAUAAAAUGUCGGACUUGUGAAAAUUUUUUUGAAAACCGUCUUUUUUUCAUCACAAAUUGUUUAAAAAACUUAAUUUGUUAUUAAAAAUUUUAGUGUUUUAUUCGUAUUCAGACCUUUUUAAAUGUGUCAAGAAUAACAGAUUAAAUUUUUAUCUCAAUCGAUUAAAUAGUUUUUGCUGGGGAGUUUACCGAAACUUUGAAAAUAAAGUUUUGAGAAAAUCGCGAUUAAAGAUUCGGUAGCAGUUUAUUAGUAAAAAAAGUAUGCUUACAUUAAUCGUCUAUGUCUGGUGCGUAUAGUAACCCACACAGCACAUAAAAUUUCCUGAAUUUGUCCUGAAUAUUUCAUUGAAAGAUUCGAAAUAUUUCAAUGAAAGGUCCAUGAAAUUUUGAUGCAACAAUGAAAUGUCCGCCUAUAAGAAAUAUUGCAGUUCCGAUUGUACGAAAAAUUUCAGCGAAAUGUUGAGGAAAUGUGAGGAUGAAAAAUUACUGACAUAUUAUUUUUUAAUAUUUGCAAAAUAAAAAAAUGACAUAUGUUACAAAUUUUUAAGUGAAAUAUUUUGAAAAGAUUAUUCAUUAAAAUUCUAGAAAUAUCGAAAUGAAAUAUUUCUAAAUUGUUAAAAAUACAUAUUUAGGCAAUAUCAUCCGGAUAUAUUUGUGAAAAAUAAAAAAAAUGAAUUUCAGAAAUAAAUUGCGGUAGUGAUUGUGAAAAUAUGUUAACAUAUCUCAAAAUGUCUUAAAUCGACGUUUGCCGUCUUUCCGGCGAUCGGUUCAUAUGUACAUUUUGUCAUUUGCAAUUUUAGACAAAUUAAAUUUUAAACAUUUGAAUACUCUGAAAAAUAGAAAUGUUAUCAAAUGACAAUUCUGCGAAAAAAAUUUUUUGUUCAAUUAUAAUUAUGCAGUAAAUUAAGAAUUCAAUUAAAAAGUUACGAAUAUUGAAAGUCCAGUCAAGUAAAAUUUGUAACAAAUUGACUUUUAUAGUAUAUCCUUGCGUACCUGAGCGGAUCUUAUUUAUUUUAAGUAUUCUAUUUUUAUACUUACUGUUCAUAUAUAUUAAUCAUGUUUCGCUUGUUGCAUCUUACGUGUAAUAAUUUCUUUAUAAUAAAUAAAUUGUCACUGUUUCACUAAAUACACAAAUUUUGUCACAUAUUUUCACAAUCACUACCGCAAUUUAUUUCUGAAAUUCAUUUUUUUUAUUUUUUACAAAUAUAUCCGGAUGAUAUUGCCUAAAUAUGUAUUUUUAACAAUUUAGAAAUAUUUCAUUUCGAUAUUUCUAGAAUUUUAAUGAAUAAUCUUUUCAAAAUAUUUCACUUAAAAAUUUGUAACAUAUGUCAUUUUUUUAUUUUGCAAAUAUUAAAAAAUAAUAUGUCAGUAAUUUUUCAUCCUCACAUUUCCUCAACAUUUCGCUGAAAUUUUUCGUACAAUCGGAACUGCAAUAUUUCUUAUAGGCGGACAUUUCAUUGUUGCAUCAAAAUUUCAUGGACCUUUCAUUGAAAUAUUUCGAAUCUUUCAAUGAAAUAUUCAGGACAAAUUCAGGAAAUUUUAUGUGCUGUGUGGGAAGUCUUCUGUUACCUUAAUAUUAUCAUUUUCAGCGGUUUAAAAAAAAAACAAAAGAGCGUCUUGUCGAAGCACAAUUAAAGACGGUUUUA